GCCGCAGCCGGCACUACUUCCCUGCCAGCAGCUUCAUUGUGUGCGCGAGGAGCGAGCGGCGGCGGAGAGCGGGCGAGAGAGCAGCAGCGCGAGCGCGGCGGGGAGAGCGAGCGCGCCGGGGAGGGUGCGAGGCGGCGCCCGCGGCUGCGCUCCGCCCGCCUCCCGGCAACUCUGCCCCAGCGCCGCGCGCCGUGCGCGCCGUCCCGCCACCGCCGCGGCCCCGCCGGCUGCCGUCGCGGGCUGGGGUUCUGGUCGGGGCAGGGGUCCCAACCCCGGGACUGGGGCAUCCCUGGCGCAGCCGAGAGGCGCGGAGCCCGCGGGGGACGUAAAUUACGCUGCAGCACUCGCCGGGUGAACGGCGUGGGCAGGCGGGCGGCUGGGCUGCGGGCGCCCCGAGGGCAGGGCUCCCCGACUUCUCCGGGGGAGCCUCAACCCCGAGGGGCGCGCAGAGCAAGCGUGCCUCAGCCGCGCCGGACCUUGCGCUCGUCCCCCGCGUACCCCACUUCUGCACAAACUUUUCUGACGCCCUCGCCCGCGGGGGUCGCGGGGAGCGCUGGGGCUGCCUCUUGGGCUCCCGACCCGCCGGACCCUGGCCACGCUGACCUCCUGCCUCUUGUAGCCUCAGUGGCGACCUCUCCAGGCCGGGCCGGGCACGGCACUCGAGGCGAGCGCGGUAACCACCGUCUCUCUCCGAAGGCUCCCGCGCCCCCCGGGGCAGCCGUGCGGGGUAAUGCCCUCGGUGAUGGAGAAGCCGAGUGCGGGCUCCGGGAUCCUGUCCCGCAGCCGGGCCAAGACGGCACCCAACGGCGGACAGCCGCACUCAGAGGAUGACAGCAGCGAGGAGGAGCACUCGCACGACAGCAUGAUCCGAGUUGGAACCAAUUACCAGGCCGUAAUUCCCGAGUGCAAGCCUGAGAGCCCAGCUCGCUACAGCAACAAGGAGCUGAAGGGCAUGUUGGUGUGGUCACCCAACCACUGCGUGUCAGAUGCCAAGCUUGACAAGUACAUCGCCAUGGCCAAGGAGAAGCACGGCUACAACAUCGAGCAGGCACUGGGCAUGCUCCUGUGGCAUAAACAUGAUGUGGAGAAGUCACUGGCCGACCUGGCCAACUUCACCCCGUUCCCUGACGAGUGGACGGUGGAGGAUAAGGUGCUGUUUGAGCAGGCCUUCGGCUUCCAUGGCAAGUGCUUCCAGCGGAUCCAGCAGAUGCUGCCUGACAAGCUAAUUCCCAGCCUGGUGAAGUAUUACUAUUCUUGGAAGAAGACCCGCAGCCGAACCAGUGUGAUGGACAGACAGGCACGGCGGCUGGGUGGCCGGAAGGACAAAGAAGACAGUGAUGAGCUUGAGGAGGGACGAGGCGCUGUGAGUGAGGGAGAGCCAGAUGCUGGAGACCCCAAGAGAGAGCCUCUGCCCUCUCGGCCCCUGAAUACGCGCCCAGGCCCUGGCAAGAAGGAGGUCCAGGUGUCUCAGUACCGCCACCACCCGCUUCGGACCCGGCGACGCCCCCCCAAGGGCAUGUACCUGAGUCCUGAGGGCCUGACUGCGGUGUCGGGUAGCCCAGACCUUGCCAGCCUCACGCUCCGGGGUCUUGACUCCCAGCUCAUCUCCCUUAAGCGCCAGGUGCAGAGCAUGAAGCAGGCCAACAGCAGCCUCCGCCAAGCCCUGGAGGGUGGCAUCGACCCGCUCCGCCCCCCUGAGGCCAAUACCAAGUUCAACUCCCGAUGGACCACAGAUGAGCAGCUGUUGGCCGUGCAAGGUCCAGAUCACAUCUGUCUCGACAUCGGUGCCCCGAUCGGUGCCCCCUGCACCGCCACCUCCCCCGCUGCCCUCCUCGCUGUCCCAGCCUCCCCCGCUGCUGAGGCCACCGCUGCCCACUGCUCCCACUCUGCUUCGCCAGCCACCCCCACUGCAGCAGGGCCGCUUCCUGCAGCCCCGGCUGGCUCCCAAUCAGCCCCCGCCACCUCUCAUCCGCCCAGCCUUGCCUGCCUCCCGCCACAGUGCCCGCCCCGGCCCUCAGCCCCCACCCACCCUGAUUGGAGCCCCUCUGGAACCUCCAGCACCCUCACUCUGAGCCUUGAGGUCCUCGACCACCCUCGGGCUCCUGAACCCCUGGCUGGCAUCUCCGGCAUCACUGAGGACAGAAGGGACUAGAGCUCUCACCAGAUCUUUCAAAGACCCAGAGCUGCCAGUUGGCACGGCCCAGACCUGUGGGUUCUGCGUGUGUCCUGGCAGCCCAGGCGCAGGCUGGGGCUGAGGGGCCUUCAGAGCCGGUCUGCGGACUCUGCUUCCUGGCUGGGACUGGGACGGCUGCCUCUUCCUCUGUGAGGACUUGGCCUGUGAGCCUGCCUGUUGUGUCGGGUAGUGACCUUAGCGGGGGGCGGGCAGGGUAGGACAGUUUGGGGUGUUGGCUGUCCUCGUUCCCCUCUCCCUCCUUUUAGCAAUAAGUCUGGGGUGAGGUGGGAGGGGUGGGGGGAGGUGGGCAGGGAAGUUCCCGCAGCGGCGGAGGCAGAGGCCUGAAGGAGUCCCUUUCUGAGGGGCCAGGUGGGAAUGCCCUGAGGGUGCCCACGUCACCCAUCCUCCCUAGGGCUUGGGGAAAGGGGGCUGGGAACUUAUGGAGACAUGGGUUUAUUUUUGAAUGUUUUUUAAAAAAUAAAUAAAUACAGUCUUAUAAGUUGGCCAGGCCUU